AUGGAGGAAAAGCUGAAGGCGCUCAUUCAGCAGAGAGGGGCAGUGAAGGGAAAGCUCACGCGCGUGAAGACCGCCAUUACGCAACGUGUAGGGGAACUAAACCCAAACUUGCGUAAAGUGAAUUUCCUCAAGCUGCACCUGGAAACCGUGAAGACCUGCUACACUGAAUUCAACACGUUCCAGAACGAAAUCUACGCGCUGGGUCUCUCGGAGAAACAGAAGGAGGAACAUGAGAACAAGUAUGAGGAGUUCGAGCUGCUGCACAAUCUGUUGGUCGUCGAGCUCAACGAUUUGUUGGACGAAGUGUCCAAACCUGUAGUGAAUGCUGCCCUGGUUUCGGUUCCUGCCGCGAAUGUCGCUCUGCCGAACUAUCUCCCGCCAUUGAGUGUGCCACUCCCGAAGUUCGACGGUACGUAUGCGACGUGGUACUCGUUUAAGUCCAUGUUUCAAACCAUCAUGGCCCGUUACACCAACGAGGCGCCGGCGAUCAAGCUGUACCACCUGCGAGACGCGCUGGUGGGAAAGGCCGCCGGAGUGAUCGACCAGGAUAUAGUCAACAACAAUGACUAUGACGCGGCGUGGGCCAUCCUGGAGGAAAUUUACGGAGACAAACGUGUGGUCAUCGAUCAUCACAUUGCAAACAUCUUUGCUCUGCCUAAGAUCGCCAGCGAUAAUGCCGUCGAGCUUCGAAAGCUUAUCGACACCUGCGCGAAGAACAUCGAGGGCUUGAAGUCGCUGCAGCUCCCGGUCAACGGAUUGGGGGAGCAGAUGCUCGUGAACUUGCUGGCUUCCAGGAUGGACAUCGACACGAGAAGAGCAUGGGAGGCUCAACAGAAGGUCGGAGAGCUACCCACGUACGCAGCCACCAUCGCGUUUCUGAAAGAGAGAUGCCGGGUCCUCGAAAGAGUGGAGUCGUGCGGCGAGCCCAGCGUCAAGCCACAACGAUCGGUCGCUUUGGUGGUCGAGAGCGGAACUAUGUGCCCCGUGUGCUACCAGCAGCACGAGUUCGAUGAUUGCGAGCAGUUUAACAAGAUGAGCGUCAACGAGAGGUACAACCAGUUGUGCAAGCAUGGUAGGUGCUUCAAUUGCCUGAAGAAGGGUCACCGCGCUGGAGAGUGCACCUCAACGAACACUUGUCAAAGCUGUGGCAAGCUGCAUCACAUUCUACUGCACAAGAACGCGACGCGUAAGCCGGGGACUACUCCUAAAAUGACGGCGGUGAACACGCCGAAAUCGAACGACGAACAGCGUUGGCGGUCGGGACAGGGUCUCGCUUGCAGCACUGAAACCAAGAAGUCGGCCCUACUGUCGACAGCCGUAGUUCAGGUCUACGGUGGAGACGGCGCACCGCAUCAGUGUCGGGUCCUGAUUGAUUCCUGCUCGGAGAACAACUUCGUUACGGAAAGAUUCGCCAACCAGUUGGCGGUCAAGAAAGAACGCACAGACUGCGAGGUCAGUGGUUUGAACGGGGGAUGUACGAGAAUCAACCAUUUGGUGCAAGCAACGAUCAAGUCCCGUGUCACGUCGUUCUCACGGAAGCUGGAGCUGAUGGUCACUCCAAAAAUCAUCCACGAUGCGCCACCAAGAAAUAUCGACGUCGCUGACUGGAAACUGCCGUCCAACAUCGAGCUUGCCGAUCCAACCUUCUACCAGACGGGUCCGGUAGACAUGCUGCUGGGAGCCGGGGUGUUUUGGGACCUAUUGAAGGCUGGCAGAAUAGCGCUGGCAGACGGUCUACCUUCACUCAGAGAGACUGAGUUUGGCUGGCCAAUUUUGACGGUUGUUUGUGGUUUUGAAAAGUACGAUCUGCACAAAGCCAACCAGUGGGAAAAGAUCCUAUUGCUUUCCCUGAUCGUCCUGAUGUUCUUCAUAACUCAAGCUUACGAGAUCAAACUGCUUUCGAUGAUGAUCAGUAGACCGGCGACCAAAGAGCUCAAAACCCUUGCAGAACUACGAAGUUCGGGCGUCAAAAUCAAAGCGGAUUUCCUGCGACACCCGGGCACCAAGAACAACCCGCAACUUGAAAAUUUGGUGAUCAACGGCAGUGAGGAAAUCUUCAACAUGGACAUGGUUCACGCUUACGUUCUGGACAGGGAGUGGGCAAAAGUUGUGCUCCCGAUGUAUUAUGAUCCGGUUCAAAGACUGCAGCGUUACAGCAUUAUGGAGCAAUCUUUGGGCGUUUAUCCGGUCAUGUUUAUGCUUCAAAAGCGAGGCCCCUUUAUGGAACAUUUCAGAGCGUCGAUCUUCGUCACCAUUGCCAUCCAUCUUGGUGUUAGUGUGGAAUAA